UGGCGCUCGGAGGACGGCCGUCUGCGCCCCCUCCGGGACGCCGGGGGUGAGCUGGCCAACCUCAGCCAGGCGGAGCUCGUGGACCUAGUACAAUGGACCGACUUAAUCCUCUUCGACUACCUGACAGCCAACUUCGACCGGCUCGUAAGCAACCUCUUCAGCCUGCAAUGGGACCCGCGCGUCAUGCAGCGUGCCACCAGCAACCUGCACCGCGGUCCCGGCGGGGCGCUGGUCUUUCUGGACAACGAGGCGGGCUUGGUGCACGGCUACCGGGUGGCAGGCAUGUGGGACAAGUAUAACGAGCCGCUGUUGCAGUCAGUGUGCGUGUUCCGCGAGCGGACCGCGCGGCGCGUCCUGGAGCUGCACCGCGGACAGGACGCCGCGGCCCGGCUGCUGCGCCUCUACCGGCGCCACGAGCCUCGCUUCCCCGAGCUGGCCGCGCUCGCCGACCCCCACGCUCAGCUGCUACAGCGCCGCCUCGACUUCCUCGCCAAGCACAUUUUGCACUGUAAGGCCAAGUACGGCCACCGGUCUGGGACUUAGUGUCACCCGGAGGAAAAGAGACCUGGGGCUGGGGUAUGGAUGAUGGGGGGAAGGGCCGUCGCCUCUGCCACUGUCGGGGACCAGCCGGCCAACGCCCACCCGCAAAGGUGUCUAAAAACUUAAGCUCUUCACCCACCUGCCCCUUUCUUUCAAUCCCACGCUGUUUCCUUUCAAAGUUCUGGGAGGACGAACUCACCGAGGCGAGAAGUGUAACAUUCCCUCCACCCAGCUUAUAAAAGGAUUCUUUCCUGUGCCAGCACGGAGAUUGGAUCCGAAGAAACUGGCUACUGGGGUUUGGCCCCCGAGUGGCCGUCCCUGUGGGAGAUGUACCCCAUUCUUGGGCCCCCCUCAUUCCCUUUCCGAAAAAGGAAAAUUUCCGUUUGAGCUGUUGAGCUAAUUCUGCAAUUUUCUACCAAACACAGCGCUGGUGGCCCCGGAGCAGGGCUGUGACAUUGGCUGGUGGAGCCCCCUUCCUGUGUUCUCCCUUUGUUCCAGCGCCGCGAUGGUGAGAUCACUGUUCCAAGCAGGGGGACGGCUCCCGAUAGGACAAAGAGAGCAGGACCUCCAGACUCUGGGGAGCCCUGCAGACCUUGACAAUUUGCCUGACUCAUUCCUGACCUCUUGUCAUUUUGGCCUGAAGGCUACAAAUUCAGGGCCAGCUGUAUGCACUAAGUGAAAUAUAAUGAAUUUCUUCUUCCUCCCACUCCCAACCGACCAAAAUUUUGACAAUGAUGAUGUUCACCAGAAGGAAAAAAAAAAUCAGUUUUAUGCACUUUAUUUUGUUUUUAUUUUAAUUUUUUAUUAAGAAAAACUUUUUAUUUUACAGAAUUUACCUUCUCUGUAUAUAUGUGCAUAAAGUGUAAAUAUACUAAACAAACUUAUAUUUCAAUAAAAGGGGGUUUAAAAUUUAUAAUUUAA